CGGGUGGGAAAGGAUGUCGGUCACUCUAUUAAUUUCCUGAGAAAAAGCAAAGAAAUUGAACCCAGGAAAAAAAUAUACAAAUAAACUUGUAACUCUGUGAGAAGAAAUAGUCUUGUUGCUUCAAUUAACUGCAAUGGCUUCUUCUUCUUCUUCUUCUCAAGUGAAGUAUGAUGUUUUCCUCAAUUUCAGAGGUGAGGACACUCGAGACAAUUUUAUCAGCCACCUCAAUGAAGCUUUGUGUCGGAGAAAGAUUGUUACUUUCAUCGAUGAUCAACUUGUAAGAGGAGAUGAGAUAUCACCAUCUCUUUUGAAUGCGAUUAGGGGAUCAAAGAUUUCAAUCAUCAUAUUCUCGAAAGGUUAUGCUUCUUCUACAUGGUGCCUCCAAGAACUUGUGGAGAUCCUCGAUCGCAAGAGAAUGUACGGUCAGAUUGUGAUUCCAGUGUUCUAUCAUGUAGAUCCAUCAGUUGUAAGGAAGCAAUCAGGGACUUAUGGAGAUGCACUUGGCCAGCAUGAAAUAAAAUAUAUGAAGGAAAAAGAGAUGUUGCAGAGAUGGAGGGAUGCUUUGACGGAAGCUGCCAAUCUAUCUGGCUUUGAUUCAAAUUCCAUCAGGCCUGAAUCGAAACUUGUUGACACAAUUACCGAAUGUAUUUUGGAGAGUUUGAAUGAUAAGUCUUAUAACGAUAAUAAGAACUUGGUUGGAGUAGCAAUGAAGAUCCAGAAAAUUAAAUCUUUAUUGUCUGAUCAGUCAAGUAAAGUAUGCAAGUUAGGACUUUGGGGUAUGGGUGGCAUAGGCAAGACGACUCUUGCUGAAGCAGUCUUCAAUGAAAUCUCAAGUCAAUUUGAAGCUUCGUAUUUUGCUCGAAAUGUUAGGGAAGCAUCAAAUAUAAAUCAACUGCGUCGUUUGCAAAAAGAAUUUCUUUAUGCAAUAUUAGGGGAUAAACACCUUGAUAUAAAACACACAUCCACAAAAAAAAGGCUUGGACGUAAAAGAGUUCUUACUGUUUUUGAUGACGUGACAGAUUCGAAACAAAUAAAAGAAUUAAUUGAAAAUCCUGAAGACUUGGGUUUUGGAAGUCAAAUCAUUAUAACCACAAGGGAUAAACAAGUGCUAACAAUUUGUGGAUUGGAUGAUUCUACCAUAUAUAAGGUUGAAGGAUUAGGUGGUGAUAAAUCUCUUAGACUUUUUAAACAACAUGCCUUCAAACAAAAUCAUCCAAUUGAUGAAGUUUACUUGAAGCUUUCAAAAAAAGUUAUAAGUUAUACAAAAGGUUUGCCUUUAGCUCUCGAAGUUUUAGGUAACCAUCUCCUUGGUAGAGGAAAACUUGAAUGGGAUAGUGCACUGGAAGAUUUACAAAAAUCUCCGUAUGAGGGUAUCCAAAAGGUGCUUAAGAUCAGUUAUGAUGGAUUAUCUGAUAAAGAGAAGACUUUAUUUUUAGAUAUUGCAUGCUUCUUUAAAGGAUAUGAUAAAUAUCUAGUUGGUACAUUCAGUUCAUAUAAUCGAAUACGUGUUCUUGUUGAUAAAGCUCUUAUAUCUAUUCUAUUUACCACAAUAGAAAUGCAUGAUUUAAUUCAAGAGAUGGGUUGGGAAAUUGUCCGACAAGAGUCGAUCACUAAACUUGGCCAACGCAGUCGAUUGUGGCAUCAUGAAGAUGUAGAUCGUGUAUUGAAAAAAAAUCUGGGAACUGACAAAGUGAGAGGUAUGCUCUUUGAAAUGGCUGAAAUGAGAGAGAUCCACUUAAAUCCUCAUGCUUUCUCAGAGAUGGCUAAUCUAAGACUCAUAGUAAAUAACUUAUAUUGGAGAUGCAAUAAUAAAGUUCAUGGUUUUGACAACAUUGAAUUUGAUUUCUCAGAGUUAGAAUGCCUCUGUUGGGAUUAUUACCCCUUCCCAUCAUUGCCUUUGAAAUUUGAUCUUGAUAACCUUGUUGUACUUAAGAUGCGAAACAAUAAUCUUAAACAACUAUGGACGGGCAUCAAGAAUCUUCCUCGUUUAAAAUACAUUGACCUAAGUCACCCAAGACAUCUACUUGAAGUCCCAAACCUUUCAAAGGCUUCAAAUCUAGAGCGGCUGAUUCUAAGAAAUUGCAAAAGCCUUGUCAAUCUUCCAAUUGGCAUUCAAUCAAGGUCUUUAAGAGAUGUUUUUCUCUCUGGCUGCUCUAAUCUCAACACUGCUCCAAGGAUAUCAGGUAAUAUGGAAAGAUUGUGUUUGGAUGGAACUGCAAUAAAAACCUUAUCGUCUUCCAUAGAAAGCCCUUCCAGACUAGUUGAACUGAAUCUUAAGAACUGCUUAAGCCUUGAAAGUCUUCCAAGCAGCCUUUGUAAUUUGACAUCUCUUCGAGAGCUUGAUCUCUCUGGUUCGUCAAAUCUAAAGAUGGUUCCAGAGUUCCCAUCUGAGAUCCUAGAGUUGUAUUUAGAUGGAACUACAGUAAAAGAAUUGUCUUCAUCGAUUGGGAAAGUAUCAUCUCUGAUAAGAUUAAGUCUUAGAAAUUGUUCAAGCCUUGAAAGUCUUCCAAGCAACCUUUGUAAUUUGACAUCUCUUCGACAACUUGAUCUCUCUGGUUCGUCAAAUCUAAAGAUGGUUCCAAAGUUCCCACCUAAGAUCCUAGAGUUGUAUUUAGAUGGAACUGUAGUAAAAGAAUUGUCUUCAUCGAUUGGGAAAGUUUCAUCUCUAAUAAGAUUAAGUCUUAGAAAUUGUUUAAGCCUUGAAAGUCUUCCAAGUAGCCUUUGUAAUUUGACAUCUCUUCGACAGCUUGAUCUCUCUGGUUUGUCAAAUCUUAAGAUGGUUCCAGAGUUUCCACCUAAGAUCCUAGAUUUGUCUUUAGAUAGAACUGCAGUAAAAGAAUUGUCUUCAUCGAUUGGGAAAGUAUCAUCUCUGAUAAGAUUAAGUCUUAGAAAUUGUUCAAGCCUUGAAAGUCUUCCAAGCAACCUUUGUAAUUUGACAUCUCUUCGACAGCUUGAUCUCUCUGGUUCGUCAAAUCUAAAGAUGGUUCCAGAGUUUCCACCUGAGAUCCUAAAGCUAUAUUUAGAUGGAACUGCGGUAAAAGAAUUGUCUUCAUCGAUUGGGAAAGUAUCAUCUCUGACAAGAUUAAGUCUUAGAAAUUGUUCAAGCCUUGAAAGUCUUCCAAGCAGCCUUUGUAAUUUGACAUCUCUUCGACAGCUUGAUCUCUUCCAAACACCAUUGAUAAGUUGA